GCAGUCGGGUUGACUAACUCAGUUCUGAUUGUGCUACUGGUCCCUUUGCAGCGAGCCAGGCCCUGCCAUCACGGUUGGCUUCAGUUGACCCGUGUCCUCCACAAAAAACAAAAAAUAACGCCGAACUAUUAGAUCAAACAUCCAAUAGACUGGUAAACCUUAAAGUGCUGCAGUACACGUACUAUACACCGGAAAUCUUUACGGUGGAGGAGAGAAAUAAAAUUUAAAAAAACAGUGAAAUUGUGUGUCUCGAUUACUCAAUUUUUAGUGAAGGGAGAGGCGCGUGCGGAGAAAUCAAGAACAACAGUGGGACAAAAAAAAAGCUUGAAAAAAAGGGUCCGAUGCAAAAUGGAAUUGUCCGUCGACGGAUGAGCGGUCGAAUUCGAUGACAAUCGGUUUUUGACGGCCCUCGUCUACGUGUGUCUUCGUGUGUACAGCUCUGGCAAGUGGCAACCGAUCAAACGCGGCAUUAUAUUGCACCCUGGACAAAAAUUGGACGUCUCCCGCAGCUGACUGACUGACUGCUGCGAGUAAGCCCAUUGCGCUCAACAUGUGACGGCUAGAAAAAGAAAAAAGGGAAAAUAGAUUGGCCGUUCAACGCACAAAGUACCUGCAGAGUUCUCUGGCUGACGCAAUAAACAUCAACGGUCACGUCGUCUAUUACGUUCGACUGAGAAAGAAGACUGGACCGUUCCAAAGAAUCUAUACGAGUGCACUCGAGGUGUGGUUCUGCAAAAACCUCGAAACUUGAACGCUAUAUAGCGACAUGCGAGUGUAAUUUUCAAAAUAAAUCUAUUUUCCAAAAUAUUUUUGAAGAACAAAAAAAUUUGGAAGACGGAAACCAUGUUGAAAUCCAGUCAAAGUGAAGCAUCGGAGUCGAGGCUCGGUUUCAAGAAAGUUCGAUUCGUGACCAUCACGUUCGCUUUCACCUGGAUAACCCUCAGUAUGGCACAAGGGAAGUCUUCGAUCUCAGUCAAAGUUCCCGUGACUGCUGGGAUCUGGCGGGGUGAUGAUGGAUUGAAUCCCGACGGCAGUUCGCCAGCCGCCCAGCAGCAGCAGCAGCAGCAGCAGCAGCCAUGGUCAUCGGCUAAUGCGAUGCAGCUCCCGACACAACUACCCGGACCAAUGCUGCAGAGUGAAUGGAACGUUGACAGCAGCGUGCAGACUGUCAAACGGAUGAAGCGGCGCCACGAGCCACGAAUCGUAGAUCUUCCUUUGCUGGCCGCCGGAAAGGUUGCGGCGGAGGUCAGCGGAGUUGACCCUAUCGCCCAAGUCGUUCCCUCAUCUUCACUGGCCAUCAGCAAACCUUAUUUCGAAGCCACUUGGCCGACCAACGUCUCUGUCGUUCUCGGACAGCCGGCCGUACUCAAGUGUCGCACGAGGCUCCUCGGUGAUCGAAUGUUGUCAUGGAUCCGCCAGAGAGAUCUCCACGUUUUGACGUCGGCGUUGGUCAGCUACACAAGUGACGGCCGCUUCAGCGUUCACCAUCAGCCAACUAGUGAUGAUUGGGAGCUCAGAAUCUCGACAGUUCAAGCUCGCGACGCCGGGUUCUACGAGUGUCAAGUCAACACAGAACCCAAAAUCAACUGGCCGGUUCAUCUACAAGUUCAUACCGGGCAGGCACAAAUAGCUGGCCCGUCCGAGGUGCACGUUCGGCAAGGCAGUACAUUAUCGCUGACUUGUUCGCUGCGGGGAACCAUCAUUGGGCAAGAUUCUAACCUCUCUUGGUAUCACGACGACCAACCGGUGUUACUCGAAACGGCUCGAAACUCACUUUCUCUGGCGACUGAACGAAGUGAACAUUUCAUUUCGUCCCGAUUUCUAUUGCCUCGCGCCUCAGCUGUCGAUGGUGGAAAUUACACUUGCCGUCCCUCCGAAGCUUUGCCUGUUUCUGUCCUCGUCCACGUCCUGAGCGGAGAACAUCCAGCGGCAAUGCAACACGGCAACCGCAGCGGUGGAGGUGGUUCCUGCUUACCCAACACGGUGCAGGUCAUGUCCAUAUUAUGUCUAACUUAUUGGACACUACACUGGCUCGGCAGCAUCCAAUUUCUCAUGACAAGAUGAUCGGCCCAUUACACAGCACCUCACCUCUACCUUUAAUUGAUUCUGGAUGUGUAUAGAGCGUCCUAAUAUAAAAAGAAUGGAUCACAAAACAAAACAUAUUACAUCUAUAAUCUUUUGUCUUAGUGUCGUUUUCUUUUUCUAUGCUGUUAUUUUAAAGGCAGAUAUUCAAAUUUAUUAUGAUUGAUCGAAUGCGAAAAUAUUGCUGGAGUGAAUGUUCUUGUGUUUUUCAAGAGUUUUUUUGUUCUUAACUAAACAAAUUUCCGACUCAAAUGCGUAAUACACACAAGUGGUGUAUUUAUCAA